UUGAAUUUCAUAGUUUGAAUUUGUUGAGGGUCUUGUUUUAACUUAUAGCUUUUGCUUAUCAACAUUAUUGUGCUGAUUUAAUUCUUGUCUUUAGGCGAUUUUCGUGGGUGCAGUUGCACCUAAUUAUAUUCAGCCAGGUAUGAAUUCGGAGUUCGUUAAAUCGAGGACUAGGACGGAUUUUGCGAAGGAUCAAACUCAGUUAACAUCUAUACGCUCCUCAUUAGGUCGGUCAAGAAAAGUGUUGCCCAGUAAAAAGUUAUCGAGACAAACCCCACUUCUUUAUUCGCGAGGAAUAUUCAGAAUCAAGAGGUCUGACGAACACCAAAAUUUAAAAGGAGAGGUGGAUGGAGUCAAUAAAAAUGAUAAUAUAAAGAACGUAUUCCAGGUCUUGAAGUCAGACAAAAAUAACUAUUCACUUGAGUCUGGUGAUCGUAACGUAAAUGAAAAAGCGGUUGUUGAUGAAGACAGAAAUAAGAAAUAUGUGGAGGAGGAAUCAAGUUCUUGUUCAACAGAUGACGAGCUCAAAAACACAAACGCAAAAAGCACGAGAAAAAAUGCGUCAGAGUCCACAGAAUACCUGAGAAAAACAGAAAAUUAUGAACUACCAAACAUACGGAAAACCAUUGUUCGUCUUCAAGAGAAGGAGAUUUUACAAAGAACGCAAGCAAUAGAAGCAGAAUUUUAUGAACGUUUGAUUGAACUUAGAAAAGAAAAUGAAACUGAAGUAGCAAAAAUUAUGAAUCGUAAAAAUGCUGAAUUAAUUGUUGUACAAAAAGCUGCUGAAAUGAAACAUUGUGAACUUCGUCAAGCAAUAGAUAAACUAGAAAAUCAAUUAUCUGAUACAGUCAACAAUGCUGAUCAAAUUAAACGUAGCUCUGAAGAGAAAAUGAAUCAAUUACAGUCAGUAAUGAAUAAACAAUUUGAAAAUCUAUUGAAACAAUCUAAUGAACAACGUGAAUUUCUUAUACAAGAACAUGAGAAAACAUUGAAAGAUUUACAAAAUAAAAAUGAAUCUACUUUUAAAGAACUGGAAAUAAAUAAAUCCUUUGUUAUAGAACUAGAAUCAAAAAUGGAAUUACAGCACAAUCAAAUUAAAAGUUUAAAAGGACAAUUAACAACUAUCAUGACAGAAAGAAAUGAGCUAGAAGAAUCAUUAAAAGUUAAAACAGAAAAAGAGAAAGAAACACUGAAAAAUCUAAAACAACUUCAAUGUGAUUUGAAUGAAUUAACCGAUAGAUAUAAAACAUUAGAAUCAAAGUAUAACAUGUGUCUUGAAGAUUAUAACCAAGAAUUAAAACAAAUUCGUUCAGAUCACGCUAAGCGUAUAUGUGCAAUGGAAUUAGAACGAACAAAUAAUGAAAAGCAAUAUGAAACUAACCUGGGAAAAAUUAAAGAUGAGGUUUAUGUACAUGAUUUGUCUGGUAGAUACACAAAAUGGGCUACUACUAUACUUAUCGGUAAAGCAUAAGAAAAACUUCAAGGAAAUCUAUUCAGUGAUGAGUGAAGUUUACGGAGAUAAUGCGUUAAAGAGGAAUGACAUUUUCGAGAGAAUCGUGGGUUUCAAUGACGACAAUAAAAGCUAUAAGAAUAAUGAAAGGCCAGAACAACCACCGACCUCCUGGGCUUACAAUGUUGUUUAGUGUAUGGGAGUAUCUUGUGAUUUCCAGUUGCCGAUCUGCUUCCCAAAAAGUAACUGAUGAACUAUUUCUGGUUGUCUGUGAAAACAAUUUAGGUAAAAUAUAAAACAAUGGGAGAUGGUGACCGAGGUUACAAGGACUUACAGCGAUGUUUUUAAAAAUAGAAAUGGAGAUUUGACAGGUGUACUGUCACAACUUGGGAAUAUUUUGUAGGUUUAAUACAAAACUGGAAGAGAGUCGUUUGUCGUAUGAACGUCAGCUAGUUACAGAAGUUAAGGAAGCUGAAACACGCGGUUAUGAAAAAUGUUUAUUAAUUAAAAGUGAUGAGAUUACAGCUUUACAAAAAACUAUUAAAGAAAC